AUGUCGUCCUUUAAUUCAGAAAGAGCUAAGAAUCUGGCGCAAAUAACUGUGAAUAAGCUAAUUGGACAGAUACUGCCUGAUUUAAUAAAAAAGGAUGAUAGCGCAAAGAGAAAAGUCUUCUCUAAGGCAGAGAUUGUCGACAUGCAAGUUAAAAAGAAGACUCCAAGUGCUUCGGAAGUGAGGAGGAAAAAUUUGAAGAAUAAGAAGAGUAAAAAUAAAUCAAUACGGAAGAGUUUAAAGGAAUCUCAAGAUUUCACGAAGCUUGCUAAAUACAACAUAAUAAAGCAACGUAAAGCUAAUAACAAAUUAACUGUGGAAGAAGAAAAGUAUUUAAAGAAAUUGGUACGCAAAAAUGCUGUUGCUGUUAAUAAAUUAAGUGAAUUUGAGGACUAUGAAACGAAAAGCGAAUUUAACAAAAUUCAAAGAGAUAUUUUGAGAGAUAGCUUGAAAGAAUACGAUAAUAAAAAGAAGAGAAAACAAUCUAAGAAAGCGGAAUUUGAUGAUAAGAUUAGGAAUGGUUUGAUAUCCUACCCUGGUCUAACUCCUGGUCUUGCCCCAGUUGACUUGGAAGAUUCAGAUGAAGAAUAA